AUGCGGCUGUCGCUGGUGCUGUCGGUGCUGCGGCCCGCAGGGCCGGUGGCCAUCGGCGUCUCGCUGGGCUUCACUCUCAGCCUCCUCAGCGUCACUUGGGUGGAGGAGCCCUGCGGGCAGCCGCCGCGUCCCGCAGCCGCCGCCCGCUCGCGUCCCGACGGCGGCCCCGCGCCGCCCCUCGGCCCCGGCAACACCAACGGCAACGCGGCGCGCAGGCCCAACGCCGUGCCCCCCGGGCUGGGCGCCGACAGCUGGGAGCCCCGCGUUGUUCCCUAUCGCCCGCCCAGCCCUGGCAGGGCCGCCAAGAAGGCCAUCAGGACCCGAUACAUCAGCACAGAGCUGGGGAUGCGACAGCGGCUCUUCGUGGGUGUGCUGACCUCCAAAAGCACACUGAACACGCUGGGAGUGGCAGUCAACCGCACGCUGGCCCACCGCCUGGAGCGCCUGGUGUACUUCACAGGCACACGGGGCCGCAAGAUGCCCCAUGGCAUGACAGUGGUGACACACAGUGAUGAACGACCCAUCUGGAACAUGUACCAGACCAUCAGGUACCUUCUGGACCACUACGUUAAUGACUUUGACUGGUUCUUCAUGGUGCAGGAUGAUACCUACACAGAGGCACACCGCAUCAGCCGCCUGGUUGCCCACCUCAGCAUUGACACCCACCUCUACCUUGGCCGUCCCGAGGAAUUCAUCGGUGGGGACACAGAGGGACGCUACUGCUAUGGGGGAUUUGGUUACUUGCUGUCCCGCAGCCUCCUCCUGCUCCUGCAGCAGCACCUGGAGAGCUGCCGCAACGACAUCCUCAGUGCUCGCCCUGAUGAGUGGCUGGGCCGUUGCAUCAUCGACUACACAGGCAUCAACUGUGCUGAGGAGCACGAGGGCCUGCAUUAUCACUAUUUUGAGCUGGGAAAGAAUGUGGACCCCGAGCGGGAGACUGACCUUCGGUUCCAGAGUGCCUUCACUGUCCACCCUGUGCUGGAUCCCCUUCAGAUGUACCGGCUGCAUAAGUACUUUGCACAGGUGGAGCUUGAGAGGACGUACCAGGAAAUCCAGCAGCUCCAGCUGGAAAUACAGAAUGCCAGCAGGCUGUCUGCUGAUGGAGAUCACGGUGCCACAUGGCCUGUUGGCAUCCCACCCCCCUUCCAGCCCAAAACUCGCUUUGAGGUUCUGCGCUGGGACUACUUCACAGAGGAGCAGGUCUAUGCCUGCAUGGACGGCUCCCCUAAGUGUGAGCUGCGUGGUGCGGAUCUGGCGGACGUGGCUGAUGUGGUGGCCACAGCCAUGGAGGAGCUGAACCGCAAGUACCAACCAGUGCUCCACAUCCGCAAGCAGCAGCUGGUGAAUGGGUAUCGGCGCUUUGACCCCACACGUGGCAUGGAGUACACCCUGGACCUCCAGGUGGAGGUGGUCACCCAGAAGGGGCACAGCCGCUCCGUCACCAAGCGUGUGCACUUAGUGCGGCCCCUUAGUGAGGUGGAGAUCAUCCCCAUGCCCUAUGUGACAGAGGCCAGCCGCAUCAAUGUCAUCCUGCCACUGACUGCUCAUGACCGGGACCAUGCCGCACGCUUUUUGGAGGCUUAUGCGGCGGCUGCCUUUGAGAGCAGUGAGAAUGCAGUGCUCACCUUUCUCUUCAUCUAUGACCCCUUUGAGGCACAGCAGGUCACUCAGAAUGACAUCUUCGCCCACGUGAAGGCCCAGAUCACUGAGUAUGAGCGCAAGUAUGCGGAGGUGAAGAUCCCAUGGAUCAGUGUUAAGACAGAUGCACCCUCCCAAAUCAAGGUCAUGGACAUCAUCUCCAAGAAGCAUCCUGUGGACACUCUUUUCUUUGUGGCCGGUGUGGGGACAGAAGUUACUGUUGACUUCCUGAACCGCUGCCGAAUGAACACCAUUAACAACUGGCAGGUCUUCUUCCCCAUUCACUUCCAGGGUUACAACCCUGCUAUUGCUUACCACAACCAGGUGCCACCUGCCACGCUGGACCUGCUGCGGGAUGCGGGCCGCUUUGACCGUGAUGUCUUCUAUGAGGCCUGCUUCUACAAUGCUGACUACAUGGCAGCACGCACCCGCAUGGUGGGUGAUGUGCAGGAGAACGAGGAUAUCCUUGAGACCUUGGACAUCUAUGACAUGUUCAUCAAGUACUCCAACCUCCAUGUCUUCCGGGCCGUGGAGCCUGCCCUGCUGCAGCACUACCGGCACCAGGCCUGCAAUCCCCGACUCAGCGAGGAGAUCUACCACCGCUGUGUGCAGAGCAGCCUGGAAGGUGUAGGCUCUCGCUCCCAGCUGGCCAUGGUGCUUUUUGAGCAGGAGCAAGGGAACAGCACCUGA